AUGUACAGAGAAGAGGUAGAUAAUAGGAAAGCUGAGCGUCAAAGUAAAGCCAUAGAGUUACUUUCGGAAGUUGUUUUUUUGGAUUUUUCAGCAGAAUCUGAGCCAUCAACUGGUACCAACUGCAAGUUUGCAGUAGAAUCUGAGCCAUCACUUGGUACCAACUACAAGCUUGUGCUAUCAGCAGAACCUUUGUCCUCCAAUCUCUUCCUCUUGCAAUUUUUACAAAGGCGUGUCUCUGGAUUUUCUUCUGGCUCUAGUUACUGUACCCUGUACGAACUGGCCUCGCGGUACUAUUUACACCAUAAGGUUUCGCUUACUGAUGUACCUGAUCUGGCUGAUGGGGAGAAGGACUUCGCCCUUGGCGUUCCUAACCCAUCUACGAUCGCCGUACCGAAUCCGACGCCUGAUUCGGUGGAUCUUGGUCCUGCUUCUGGCGAUCAAGUUCCUGCUGCGACUUCUGAGUCGCCUUUGCUUCCUUCGAAGGAAUCAGCUCCUUCUCUGAAGGGGUUGCCUACCGCCGGCCAGAAGCGUCCUGCUGAGGACCAGGCUGGAGCUUCUGCCAAGCGUCCCAAGAAGAAGAAAUCUUCUGGGGUGUCUAUUGAGGAGGCACCUCGGUUUGCAGCUUGGGCGGACGCACAAGAUCCGCCUCGUCUUUCAAACGUCGCCAUUCUUCAUGCUUGCAUGGAGAAUAUUAUGAUAAAAGAGGACAUUGAGUCCAUUGAUCGCGAGCAUGGCGAUAGUUUGGCUGAGUUCGCCUGUCUCGGCGGUUUUUCGGUGGUCCAGUCCAUCGCUGUUUUGGAGCGCCGCCGAAGGGAUGCGGUGGAUCAAUUGAAGAAGCUCCAGAGAGAUUCCGAAUCCUGGCUCUCCGAGAAACAAAAGAUGGAGGAGGAGGCUGGCGAGGCGACUGGUCUGAUCCAACAGCUGAGGUCCUCCGUAUCUACCAAGACUCGGGAGAUUUCCGCUUUAGAGGCUCGGGUUCGAACUUUGUCCGAGGAAGUCGAGUCUCUACAGUCUUCUUCAGGUGCUCUCACUAAGGAGAGGGAUGAUCUGAAGAAAGAAGAGGGGCGUCUCCGCCGGCGUUUGGGUGACUCUGGGAGCUUUUAUUCCCAAGUCAUGACUCAAUACCGGUUGGCGAUCGGGGCAAAGUUGCGGGAGCAGAAUCCUGGCGUCGAUCUUUCUGGAGUCAAUCAGUUGGAUCCUGCUUCUUUGGCGAAGGAGGUGAAGGCGAAGCUUGAUAAGCAGAAGCAAGAUGCUUUGAAUAAGGCUUAGUUUUUAUUUUCUUCUUUUUGUAUUUUUUGCUUUUUUGUAUUUUUUGCUUUAGUUUUUUGCUUUCGCCUUUUUUUUUGUAUUGGAUCGUGGGCGGAUCCUUUGUAAUUUUUGCUUCUGUGAAUAUAAUGAUCUUUUGACCAUUGCUUUUCUUUAGUUGUAGAGUUAAUCUAAACUCAUUUGUUAUUUUGAGAAGUUAAUCUAAACUUCUGCUGGUGUAAUUUAUUUGUAGGUCCGAACGGAUCCUUUUAUUUAUUUGACUCGGACGAGUCUAAAUUAUUUUUUAACUAAGAUUC